GACAUUGUGAAGUUGACACAGUGCACGUACACACAGCAUAUCCUUGGAGAAGAUGUUGCGUAAAUAAGCUGAUAUCAGUGAUAAGCUGGAUUUGUGACAUUAUCUAAGUUUUUAAGAUUGAAAAUGGCGUCUCUGAGUGUUGUGAAAGGUUUCCAGCUUGCUUCAAGGCAGGCAGCGUUGCUAUCCUUUCAGUCUGUGCGCUCGGCACAAGUUGCCGCGGCAACCCAGGCACAAGAAAGACUGAAGAAGUUCUCCGUCUACAGAUGGGACCCUGAUAAGCCGGGAGACAAGCCCCGUAUGCAAGAAUACGAUGUAGACCUCAACACGUGUGGACCAAUGGUGUUGGAUGCCCUGAUCAAGAUCAAGAAUGAGAUUGACCCCACUUUGACCUUUCGGAGGUCGUGUCGCGAGGGGAUCUGCGGCUCCUGCUCCAUGAACAUCAACGGCUCCAACACGCUGGCUUGUCUGUGUCGGAUUGAUGGAGCUAGCCUGACCAAGCCAGCGAAGAUCUACCCUCUACCCCACAUGUACAUCAUCAAAGAUUUGGUUCCGGACAUGAAUAACUUCUAUGCCCAGUAUCGCUCCGUGGAGCCGUAUCUGAAGCGCAAGGAAAAAGUGGAGUAUGGCAAAGAGCAGUACAUCCAAUCCAUCGAGGAUCGUGCUAAGCUGGAUGGUCUGUAUGAGUGCAUCCUGUGCGCCUGUUGCAGCACCUCCUGCCCCAGCUACUGGUGGCACGGGGACAAGUACCUGGGCCCCGCAGUCCUGAUGCAGGCCUACCGCUGGAUGGUAGACAGCCGAGACCACUACCAGACGGAACGCAUCGCCAGGAUGCAGGACAAAUUCUCCGUCUACAAGUGUCACACCAUCAUGAACUGCACUGUGACGUGCCCCAAGGGUCUAAAUCCAGCCAAAGCCAUCGCAGAGAUCAAGGUCCUGAUGAAAUCGUUUAAGAAGGAAGACCUAAAGUCAGAAGCCACAGCAUAGAAACAUGGCUAGCUUCAUCGUUACCUAGUAUGAUUAGAUCUCGCUUUCUAGAGAAGCACCAUUUCGGGGACAUUUUUUCUGCCGGGGGUUGGGUGGGAUGAUAUCAACAAGCUAUGAUAGUCCAAUCCAGAAUUUUGGGUUUGACUAUCUUCGCUCGAACUCAUAUCAUGUGACAUCUAUUGUUGGGCUAGUCUACUAUCUGCACCAGUCUACCGAGGCUUGUCACAUAGCUGGUUACAACAGCCAAGCGCAUCAUUAUGCAUAGCGGGGAGCCGGGACCAAGGAGUUUCACAUUGAAGUUUUGACUGUCGAUUGACUUCACGCAGUUCAAACAUUGCAAUUAUUGCAUAAAUGUAUUAUUUACUUUGGGAAUCAACCACGAGUUGACCAGUCGUCCUCAGUCAAACUGCUCCAUGAUGAGAUUUCAACAACGCUUUUGCUUUACCCACCCAAAUUUCAAUUCUGCUAGAUCUACCCUCAAAAACAAUGGGCCGUUUUAGGCUGUUGUAACAAAAUCAGUAUUUUAAAUCCAGAUAUAUCUCAAUUUUUCAACUUGUGUUAAGGGGAACUGUUUGUAAAUACAUGUUAUAACGUAAAUGAUAGAACUGCAGUGGAGAAAUGCAAAAUUUAAUGAGGUUUUAUUUGUGUGUGUUCAGUGACGUGAAUGUUGGUCUGGUUCAGAGUCGCAGCUAGAGGGCGCUGUUGUCAUUCAAGAGAUUCAUUUAGGGAAGUCCAGUAGAUCGUGAUAGAUCUUGAAUGACUUAUCAAGAUGCAUGUACUUGAUAUGUUUCGGCCUAUCUUAAGAGCGUGCAUUACUGAGCAGGAUUUCAAUGUUUUUUUAGGGAGGGGGAAGGACAACCAAAUUUUUUUGAUUUCUCGGUUCUUGAUAUUUGUGUGUAAAUGGAGAAAAUGAGUUAUUUUAGAAGAGAAUUUACCAAUGAUUUUUAUUCAAGUUUUUUUUUUAAAGGAAUCCACAUUUCAAAUAGAAGAUAUUGCUUGAAGGCAGUACAUAUUUUUUUGUGCAUGCAUGUCAUGUUGUGCAGGUAUUUUAGUAAGCUGCAAGCUUCAAAAAAAGAAAAUAUGUUGUUUUACAAAUAUGCAUCUGAUACGACUGUCCUCUCUGAUUUCAAACACGAUAUUAAAUUAUGCCUUCAAUUGAACCACAAAUCACUGGGCAGAUGCUGGACAUUUUUCACCAAGAUUAUUCAGAAAUUUAAAAAGUUCAGACUCGCACUAGAAAUGGAUCCAGUUUUUGACUUUUUUCUUGUAGUUUUUAAUGAUUCUUGUAUUUGGCAACAUGUGCUUGUAUCCUUCAUUUAUAAGAGGAGCAACUGUUAAAGUUAGAUAGUGAAUGAGGAAAAUGUAUACAUUUGUAAUAUUUGCAUUGAGUGCAUUGGAAAGUUUAUUUAACUUGACAAAGGAUGUGUCUAUUAAUUUAAUUAAACAGUGCCAGUGUGUAAAAAACUUCAACUGCUUACAUCAAGAGUUCUGUUUUCCUGUGCUACUUAUCCCCAAUUUUUUUUAGGAAUUAAAAGAGUUGUCAAGAGUGUUCUCUUCUAAAGCAAGUUUGUUUGUUUGUUUUUUCUAAUCAGGAAAGAGGAUUGCACGACAAACUGGCCCCUUGAAAAUACAAACCAAUAUUGGUGGUUGUGAAUCAUUGUUUUGCUGUAGUUUAACUGGAUGUUAAACAUUUUUAAGCAGUUUGGGAAGAACUGAAUAUGUACUGCUAUCAGUGUCGGAAGCAUUACUAUAAAUGGCUGAUUGAUUCCAUAAUUUUUUUUGUUUUAAAAGACGGUUUUAAAUGUAGAAAAUUGUAGUUCCUUUUUAUCAAAGGAAUUGCAAUGGACAAUGUUAACACAAUGAAAUAAAGUUCUCCCAAAGCUAAACAUUUA